AUGCCUCGUAGCUUCAAGAUUAGUGUACCAGCCUCCUCGGCUAACAUUGGGCCCGGUUACGAUGUUCUGGGCAUUGGGCUGGCGCUGUUUUUGACCCUCGAGGUCGAAAUAGACCCAAAAGCUGCGAAUGACACCAACUCCGACCCCAACAACUGCAAACUGAGUUACACAGAGGACAGUGAAGGUUUUGACAGUGUGCCACUCAGGUCCGAUGAGAACUUGAUCACCAGAACCGCGUUGUACGUGCUCCGUUGCAACAACAUCCGCAGCUUUCCCUCGGGCACGAAAGUGCACAUCCACAACCCUAUCCCUCUAGGACGUGGGCUGGGCUCUUCUGGUGCCGCGGUAGUCGCUGGUGUGAUGCUAGGUAACGAGGUUGGUCAGCUAGGGUACUCCAAACAGCGCAUGCUCGACUACUGCCUGAUGAUUGAGCGUCAUCCUGACAACAUCACCGCCGCCAUGAUGGGUGGGUUUGUGGGAUCCUUCCUGCGUGACCUCACACCUGCAGAAAUGGAGAGACGUGAGAUUCCUCUCAGCGAGGUGCUGGGCUCGCCAAGUGGCGGCGAAGACACAGGCCUCGUCCCACCAAGUCCUCCCACCGACAUCGGUCGCCACGUGCGCUACAACUGGAACAAAGACAUUAAGUGCAUUGCCAUCAUUCCAAACUUUGAGGUUUCCACUGCGGACUCGCGUGGCGUCCUUCCACAGGCCUACACCGCCAAGGACCUCGUCUUCAACCUGCAGAGGCUCGCUGUGCUAACCACCGCGCUAACUCAGUCUCCUCCCAACCCCGACCUCAUCUACCCGGCCAUGCAAGACCGCGUGCACCAGCCCUACAGAAAAACCUUAAUCCCAGGGCUGACCGAAAUCUUGUCCAGCGUCACCCCAUCCACCUACCCUGGUCUUUUAGGAAUCUGCUUGUCCGGUGCGGGCCCUACAAUCUUGGCUCUGGCUGUUGGCAACUUUGAUGACAUUGCUCAGGAGAUAAUGAACCGCUUCUCCAAGAACAACGUUGCCUGCAACUGGAAGCUGCUUGACCUAGCUUACAACGGUGCUGAGGUGACUCAGGCGUAA